GCCCCUUUCCCGGUUAGUUGCUCGCGGGAUCUCGUCGCGAUCGGAGCGAAAAUUAGAAAAGACUUGAACGUUGGAACAGCGGGAAAGUUGUGCAAAACUGUUUUGGGAAAAAAAUCUAGAGCUUAUAAAAAGUGGAACAAAAUGACUACACUUUUGAAAUUUACGUUUGUGAUAACCGUGUGGUUGGUGAACAGUGCUGUUGGUAGUGAUUCGUUCAUAGAAUUGGACCAAUACUACCGGAUGCCAAAGCUGUACGCGUACGAUGACUACGACGAGUGCUUCGACGCGUACGACACCCCGGAACAAGUGUACUGCGUCGCUCGGUCCGUUGUCAAGCCGGACAAUGGUUCCGAGCUAUAUCGGUUCAUACAGGACUUCUCCGCCGACACUUACCGGCACUUUCGACACGACCACCUGGACCGUGGUUUAUGCGUGGAACGAUGUCGCCGGUUGGUAGCCGGACUCGACAACAGUACCCUGCAGCAGUUGUACGUGGAAAAGUUCAACAUAGACUUUCCGUACAUUCUAAACUCAAAGAUAUUCGAGAACGUAGACCAGGACCGACUUAACUACGGGCGGCUCAUCAACAUAUGUGAGAAUUACAUCCUCCAAAAGGUUUACAACCUGACGGCCUACACAGAGAUCGAGUAUUGUACGCGCCCUGUUCGGCAGCUGGACGUGGAUCUGCUCGAUCUAAGCUUUAUUGCCAUCUCAAUGCUGUUAAUUUUCCUGGUGAUCGCGUCCACCUGGUUCGACUACCGGUUGAACAAGAAUCAAAAAAGCGACCACUACCAGUUGGAAAUUCCGUGCCGAAAAACCAUGAUGCUGACAUCGUUCUCCCUUAAGCGGAACUGGUACCGGCUGAUGAGUCGUUCGAAAGAUCAACUCAACGAAGACCUACGAUUCUUUCAAACGUUCCGCUUCUUCACCUUCUUCCUGGUCAUCCUCGGCCACUGUUCGGACAUGUUUGCCGUGACGCCCAUCGGUAACCCAUUCGACCGGGAGCGUGAGUACUACAAUCCGGAAUCGCUGGCCCUCAUCAACGGGUCCCAGAUCGUGCAGACCUUCUUCGAGAUGAGUGGCUUCCUGCUGAGCAUUCACUUCUUCACGACCCGAACGCGCCUCAAGAAGGUCAGCUGGUCGGUGGUGUUGGCUGUGAUAGUUUACCGCUACAUAAGGCUGACCCCGGCGUACGCGUACGUGCUGCUGCUGCACGCCACGUGGCUGCCAAAGCUCCAGGAUGGACCGCUCUGGAUGCGGGGAACCCAAACGGAGCGGUACAUGUGCCGCCAGAACUGGUGGACCAACCUGCUGUACGUGAACAACUACGUGCGGUCGGAUGAGCCGUGUCUACAACAAGCAUGGUAUCUGGCCUGCGAUUAUCAGUUAUUUGCACUAGGAAUGAUUCUGGUAGUGGCUGUUACCAAAUAUCGUAAGUUCCGAACGCAUAUAUUCGCUGCCGCUAUCAGCAUUUCGUACAUAGUCCCUGCUCUGAUCAUCUACUUUGGUGAAUUCGACGGUUCCUACAUCAAUAGGCUACAGGAUGAACGCUUCAUUUAUUGGUACGAGGAAAUGUACCACCUUGUGUACAUACCAUUCCACACGAACAUGGGUUGCUACCUGGGUGGCAUCAUCAUGGGCUUGAUUUACUACAAACAGCGCAAGAACUACCACACCGGAAACCGGGCCUGGUACCUCCAGCUGAUCUGGUACCUCACCGUCCCCAUCGGCUUCCUGUGCCUGAUGAGCAACAUGAUCUUCUACCAGUACAAUUUCGAAAAACCAUCGAUCUGGAUGGCCAUCUUCUACCCGACCAUGAAGCACAUGUGGAUUUUCCUGGGUGCCAUCAUGAUCUACGGCGUGAUUUACGAGUACAGCAAGGUCAUCAAGGGCUUCCUGAACUUUUCAAUCUUCGUACCGCUGGGCCGGCUGACGUACUGUGCGUACGUUUGCCACGUAUUCAUGCUGAAGAACGUCUUCUUCGGAACGCGGGAGGUCGGCUACUUCAGCAAGGUUUCGCUGUUAUCCAAAGUGAUCACCGUGCUGGUGUUUUCCUACUUCAUGGGAUUGAUACUGGCUCUGCUGUUGGAAUUCCCGGCAACCGCGAUUCAGAAGCACUUGUUUGCGAAAAAGCUAGAGAGUGCAACAAUCCAGCCCAAAGUGAACCCGGUGAUCCCUUCCAACGAUGGCAAUGCUUCGUCGCCGAGUGCGUGAAGUCAUAGCUGCUGGAAGGCUGAAAUUACAGACUGCGUUUGUGACUAGCUAUAAGGAUAUAGAGAGUAGACAAUCUAUCUUUACGAAGUCACCCACCUAAUCAGAUAUGUGUACACAAUGAUCAUCGCCAUAUGAUAGUUUAAUUGAUAAUAAAAUAAAGUACAUUGAAAAAGGGUUAAAUUAUAUUAAA